AUGUAUGACAGGUGGCACGUGCCCGUGGUCCAGAAGGACCUCCCAACAUCCCCACCAUCUUAUUCCCCAAGGGAAGGUCAUCCUCCUGGAAGGAGAAAACGAAUGAACGAGUAUCUCUGUCACGGUUACAUGGCAGAAGAAAUUGUCAAAGAAGUUAGCACACCGAGAGUUAAAAGGAAACCCGAUUCUAUACCUUCCAAACCUAUUAUAACAGAUUUUGAGGCAACCGACAACGUGACCGUUCACGAUAAAAUGUUAUGGGACGAGGGUAGCUCGAAAUAUAAAAAUUGGCUUCAAAGGACAACCACUUUAGACGAUAUUUAUCGUCAUUAUUCACCACGUAAAGUGUUAACUAAAAAACAAGGUGUACAAUACGAUCAAGAUGUUGGGGAAUUUGAUGGUGAAGUUACAGGUUAUGCCAUGCAAGCACCAUUACCAUCAACAAAAAUUGGAGUUUACGAACACCCAAGUGAAAGUGGAGAUCACGUAGCUGUUGCUUCGGGACACAAUUAUCAUCACUAUGGUUACGGUGGUGGUGGUCAUAGUGAUCAUUAUGGUCAUCAUGGUGAAAUUUUUCCUGCUUUACACGAGGAACAUUAUUAUCAUGUACCCUAUCAUCCUGAACAUCACGAAUACGAGGAUGAUUAUCACAAACCAGUUUAUCAUUACAAAGAAAAGGGUCAUGAGCUUUCGUUGAAAGAUUUCUUUGAAAUUGCAUUAACUGCAUUAGCAUUCUUGGCGUUUGGUUUAUUCGUCAUACAAUUGUUGAUGAAUGCAACGCAAAAUAUGACUACAGUUGCAUCAACUACAACAACAAUUCGAAGAAACACGGAUGGUACUACACGUUUUAAAAGAAACAUCGAAGGAUUUACAAUGAGUUACUCGAGUAAUCAGGAAUUAAAUGAAUUAUCUUAUCACGUUUUAAGAUCACUCGAAGCUGCCAUGGUUGCCGACAGAGAUUCUGCUAAUUGUUUGCGCAGAAUUUUAUGCGAAGAUAAUCAAUAUUCAAAAAAUACCAACGAUGGUCGUAAAAUUUGGAUACCCGUUUGGAGUUUAGGUAUGAGCUGGAUUACAGGAAGAGUUACUAGAAAUUCACAAUGGUCGGCAAUGUUGGAAUCUGUAAAAGCUUCGAUACUUGGUUUGGGUGAUGCAGAUUGCGCUAAACUUUACCCUAAUUGCGAUUUACGUAAAGAAAGAAUCAAAAGACGUCGUAGAAGAAGAAGAAGAAAAUAA